AAUGCUCAAUAUUCCUCUUCGCCUUCUUACCAAAAUCCAUGGCGUAGUCCGUACCACUCAGCAGCAGCAGCACAGAGAGAGUGCUAGUCUCGUCGCCAGAUCCCCCAAGAUGUACGGAAAAAAAGCGGCCAUAAUCUCUCUGUUCUUCGUGAUCGUCCUCGUCAUCUCCUACUCAAUGUCGAUCGGGACCGUCGAUCUCCGGUCCUACUUCUUCCCCCUGCUACAGUCACCGCCCGGUGCACGCCCCCUCUGUGCAACCAUCGCCUCUCCUCUUCCUCUCCGUGUCUUCAUGUACGAUCUCCCCCGCCGCUUCAACGUCGGCAUGCUCAACCGCCGGAGCUCCGACCAGGCGCCGGUCACCGCCCAAACUUGGCCGCCCUGGCCGAAGAACUCCGGCCUUAAGCGGCAGCACAGCGUCGAGUACUGGAUGAUGGGCUCGCUUCUGUACGACGGCGAUGGGAGAGAGGUCGUUAGGGUCUCGGAUCCGGAAAUGGCUGAAGCCUUCUUCGUGCCGUUCUUCUCCUCUCUGAGCUUCAACACUCACGGCCAUAACAUGACCGAUCCGAAAACUCGGAUUGAUCACCAAUUGCAGAUUGACUUGCUCGAAUUCUUGGGGGAAUCGAAGUACUGGAAGAGAUAUGGGGGCAGAGACCAUGUGAUUCCGAUGACUCACCCGAAUGCUUUCAGGUUUCUUCGAGCGGAGUUGAAUGCGUCGAUUCAGAUUGUCGUAGAUUUUGGCCGCCACCCCAGAACCAUGUCAAAUUUGGGCAAAGAUGUAGUGGCCCCUUACGUACAUGUUGUUGACUCCUUUACAGAUGAUGACCUUUCGGACCCAUAUGAGUCUCGGACCACGCUUCUUUUCUUUCGAGGGAGGACAUUCAGGAAAGAUGAAGGUAUUGUUCGUGUGAAACUGGCAAAGGUUUUAGCUGGUUAUGAUGACGUUCACUACGAGAGGAGCGUUGCGACUGGAGAAAACAUAAAAGCGUCUUCACUAGGAAUGCGGUUAUCGAAGUUCUGCCUGCAUCCUGCAGGAGAUACUCCUUCAUCUUGUCGCUUGUUUGAUGCUAUUGUGAGCCAUUGUGUUCCCGUCAUUGUGAGCGAUCAAAUUGAGCUCCCAUUUGAGGAUGAAAUUGACUACAGCCAAUUCUCAUUGUUCUUCUCAUUUAAAGAGGCUUUGGAACCUGGUUAUAUGGUUGAGCAGCUCCGGAAAUUUCCAAAGGAAAAAUGGGUUGAAAUGUGGAGGCGGCUUAAGAACAUCUCACAUCAUUUUGAAUUUCAGUACCCACCAAACAAGGAAGAUGCUGUGGAUAUGUUGUGGAGACAAGUAAAGCACAAGGUUCCUGGAGUUAACCUUGCUGUGCAUAGAAGCCGGAGGUUGAAAGUUCCCGACUGGUGGAAGAGGAGAAGAUGAUUUCAUAAGUCCAUUAUCUUUGUACAUUCAGAAUCUUUUCACGGUUAUAAUUACAACCCUUAAGUGGGGUGAGAAUAACUAGGGAUAGUUUGUCAGCCAAAAGAAAAUAAACCUAGAGAUAGUUGCGACCCCGGAACGAGCAAGUACAUUUUUCGGAUUGCUUGGCGUCAUCUUCAUGUUCCAGAUUACAUUGGGGUCAGACAGUUUUGCUUCUUUUUUUUUUCCUGACUUCCCCAUAGAAAAGGGGAGUUUUUCUAUUGUAAUUACACAGGGAUUUUACACAUUCAGAAUUUGUUGGAGUCGAUCCUCAUUUGUUACAAUUGUAUUUCUGGAUAAUUUUAGGUUUUCUCUUGCAAAGUGAAGGAGUUGGUCUCUUUUUUCGUUUCGUCUUUGCUCGUCUCUCAU